AUGGGCUUCCUCAGCCACCGCCGGCGUUUUGUUGAUGUCCAGCCAGAGCAGAAAUGGGACUUUAUUAGUCUCAAUGACUUCAAGUCAACCUCAUGUUUUAGUCCCUUCGCUUACGGCUAUCUCUGGGUUACCCUCAUCAUUUCAGUGGCAGUCUAUGGAGUGGACACCUUCACGGCCUACCAGCUGUUGGCUUUCAACAAGUGGUCAUCCCAAAUCGAACCCGCACAGAUGAUUCCGUUCGACGUUUCGAAAUGGGUCUUUACCAUCUGCAUCAUACUGUCCUUUGUCAACCUUGGCUUUGAGUAUUUUCGCGCUGUGAGCAUUAUGCGGCGAGGUAGCGUCGCCGAAUCAUUUCUGGACAGUUUGGCAGCACGUUUGGAGUGUAUUCGUAUGGGCAAAGGCCGAGGAUGGAAGCGUUUCCUGGUCUUUUCCGAGCUGGCAAAGAGUAAGAAAGGGUCCGAGUAUAUCGCCCUCUUUACUUUUUUCAGCUUCCAAUCUUGGAUUCGGGUCCUGCUCUGCUCCGGACCGCGCCAAGUCAUCAACGGCCUGACGCUUUAUUCCGUCUACAUGGCCAGCCUUCAAAUACAGGGGAAGGACUUUGAAAGCUCACUCAGCAACUUUUUCGAUAAGAUUCGAGCACUUGCGAGUGAAGAGCCGCGACAAGCUGUCAUCCUGUCCGGCAUGCUGUUCACUUGCAUCAUCUGGAUCUUCUCGUUCCUCUCCUUGCUUCUGGCAGCCCUGUUUUUCGUUCUGUAUUUAUGGGGUAAAAUUCCUCGCGAGGACGGCGGUCUGACGGGCUUCUGUGAGCGCAAAGUCAACAAGCGCCUCAAACAGAUUGUCUCCGUCAAAAUCAACAAGGCGAUUGCCGAGGAGGAGCGAAAGAGAAACAAAGCCGGAUGGAAAGCAGGCAGAAACGGUGAAGGGAAACCUAUGGCGCUGCAGCCAUCGCUCCCUGUGCUGAGCGAUGACAGUCUGCCGGAGAUGCCAUCCUUACAGAGGGCCGACACUUUUGCAUCCCUGUCAGAAAAGCCAUUCCGUCCGGAUAGCCCUGGAAGUUUCGAGAUGAACUCCCUUGGACAGAAGCCAGUGCGUUCAGCAACAAUGGCGACAUCAAGAAGUGGGUAUUCGUCCAAGUCGUCUCUGGUUAACAACGCAGCGGAACCGGGAAUGAAUCGUUCCGAGUCCCCUAUUCCCACAUUGCCGCCAGUCGAUCUGGAAGGGUACUCUCCUCUUCGCACCGCCACUGGAGCAUCCACAGGCAGCUCCAGGUCCGGCCCGGGGCUGCAGCGGAUGGGUUCGAACGGCCCGGCUCUAGGUGCAGGCUACACGGCUAGUCCUGCCACAUAUUCGUCCGAGACAAUGCCCAGUUUCCCGCCGCCUAUACGGUCGCCGGUCAAUGCUCCCAACGGUUACAGAGGACCCGGACCGAACCAACCGAGGGACAGGUGGGCGGGUUCCGGCGAUAACAGGUCGCCCUUCGACGACCAUUCAAGCGGUCGCGGCAGCCCCGCUCCGUCGACGAUUUCGUACCGAAGCAAUCCAAUGUCACCACGCGGCAUGGGGCCGAAUGGAUACCCGAUACGCAGCGCGACCAACCCAGUGCCUCCGCGAGGCCCGCCUCAAUUCCCUCCGCCGAGAAAUAUGACGGCACCUAUGCAGCCUUACCAUCAUCCGACCGGAAGCAAUGGAUCCCAGAGGAGUAUGCCCGGUGCGCCUGGGCCGUAUGAUCAGCCGAAUCAUGGUAACAGUUCACUGAGAAACGUCGUGCCUAAUGGCAACUAUUAUCCUCAGGGGCAAAAUGGCGGGGACUACACGAGUCGGCAAAAUCCGAUGACGGCCAACUACCCGAGAGGGCCGCCCCAACGGUUUGGAGGCAGCAAUGGAUGGAACCAAGACCUGGAAAGGGGUGGCGGGCCUCGGUAUUAA